GUUGGUUGCUGGCUAGUCAUGGUGGAUGGUAGAAGAUGAAGGAUGAUGCGAGUGUAUGUCAGGAAUGGUGGUUUGCAUCUAUGGUGGGCAUUUCUACUAAUCUAUUUGCCUUGCUUUUUGAUUUGGACAUGUGCUUCGUGGCGGUUCAAAGAGAUUUCAAGAUUUGUUUUGUUUGAGAAACCAAAUCAAAGCCAAGCCCCCAUUUCAUACAGAGAAUCAAUCACCACCGCCCUCAUCUCAGCAUCGCACACGACCAGUGUCCGUCAAUCUUCCACCAUCGAACAUCGCCACCGCAGCUCACCGGCCUCCUCUUCUCCUCCGCCUUCGAGAUUCGCGACACCCGCUGGUUCUGGGCCAGCUCCAAAACCCUUUCCAAUGGCUCCUCUGUUUCCCCCUCGGCACCUGCCCUUGUCGGUGACAUCUGAAGAGUGGCUGUCAUGCCUAUUUCACCUGAAGAGUUCUACAGAAGAUACUCAAGAUGAACAAGGUUCUGCUAUUUGCUUGAGGCCUGGAACUGGCUAUUAUCAUGUGUUGUAUCUUAUUUAUGGAUGGUGGUUCUUCUGUUUCAAAGCACUGAUUUCUAAGUCAAAAAAAUUCUGUGAAUUCUUGUUACUAACAUUAUAAAGUGACUCUUUAUAGUCAAAAUAAAGUGAAUUGUAUUUUGAUUUGUUUUAUUAUUGUAAAAGCUCCUAAUUUAGUAGAAAAAAUUGUCUGAAUGAUGGACUAAAA